AAUGGCUAGAUCAUUAACAAUAUUGGCUAUUGUUAUUGCAGUUGCUACAGCACGAUUGACAAAGACUGAAAGUCCAAAGGAAAUUUUGGCUUAAGUCAACAAGGAUUCAUUUGGUAAUUCCAUCCUUUCAGUUCUCCAACUCUAAUUGGCUACAGGUGGACCUGUUGGUGAGAUCUAAAUCCUCUUAAAUAACAUUGCUUCUUAAUUGAAUGGAGAUUAAAAGAAAGCUGACAAAGUUCAUGAAAGUGACACUGUUGCAUUUGAGAAGAUCAUUGCUGACUUAGAAUAAGAAAUUGCUUAUCAUUAAUCCUAAAUUGUUGCCCUCUCUAACUUAAGAGAUUCAACAACUGAGGCCUUAGGUGAAGCUGAAGCUGAAGUCAGAGUUGUCACAUCUGAUAUUGCCAAUAACGAAAAAAGCUUUGCUGACGAAUCAGCCACUAGAUAAUCAUAACAUGAAACAUGGGUUAGAAAAGAUGCAGAACAUGUUGAUUAAAUGGAUGCCAUCGAUGAAGCCUCAAAGAUUGUUCAACAUUUAUAAGCUGGUGUUGCUUUUGCUUAACUCAAGAGCAGAUUUGAAAAAGUCUAAGCUAAAUUGAUGGAAAGCAAACAUGCUCUCUUCAAAGUAUAUUAUCAUUUGCUAUUAUUUUACAGCCACUCAUCAAUGCUUUGACCUAAUUAGCUUCCAAAGUUGACAACAAGAGUAUCAUCAAAAUCUUAGAACUCUUGGCUUAAAUCAGAUAAUAAUUAGUUGCCAGUAGAGCUUCACUCCUUGCCACUGAAGAAAGAUAAGCUGCUAAUUGGGAAGUCUAAAGUAGUCACUUAUAAGAAGAACACAAGAGAUUAGUUGAAAGAAAGGCUUUCUUGGAAAACUCAAUUGUCUAAUUCAAAGUCACCAUCUAAGAAGCUGUUGAAGAUUUAGAAGAUUAAACUGUAUUAUCAUAAACUAAACAUAGUUAUUCCUUGAAGAUGCUGAAGAUUCAUUGGCUAUUCAAGAAAGAUGGGCUGCUGAAUAAGAAGCUUAAUAUGAAGCCUAAACUUUCGAAAGAGAAUAAUAAUUGGAAGUUGUUGAAAGAUUAUAAGAAGUCUUAACCUAAAAAUUAAGUGCAGCUUCAGAAUUCCUCUAAAUUAGAGAAGAAGUAUUUUGAU